UCCAAUACAGACCAAACCAAAGAUAACAUGAAAAAAAAAUUCUCUAAAUCAAAGCUUAAACUUUGUUCUGAACGUUUUGAUUUCGUUUUUUAUAUUUAAGAAAAACCCCAACCAUCCCAUAAAGCGGAAUUGACAAUGCUGAACUUGAGAUUCAUAAGGCCCUGUCUUUUUUCUCCUUUUCUUAAUCGUUCUUCUUCUUUCGGUUUCUCUCCAAAGCAAACCAUCAAUUUUGUCCUUCGAUCACAAAUGGGGACUUUAACGACGUCGUCUUCUCAAUCAUCUCCAAAGCUCUUUUUUCGUCAGCUGUUUGAGAAAGAAUCCUCCACUUAUACUUACCUCCUGGCUGAUUUCUCUCACCCUGAUAAACCAGCCCUCUUGAUUGACCCUGUAGACAGCACAGUUGAUAGAGAUUUAAGUUUGGUUAAAGAAUUGGGGUUGAAGCUUAUUUAUGCCAUGAACACUCAUGUACAUGCUGAUCAUGUCACUGGAACUGGCCUCAUCAAGGGCAAGGCACCUGGUCUCAAAUCUGUUAUUUCAAAAGCGAGUGGUUCCAAGGCUGAUGUUUUUGUUGAACCUGGUGAUAAAAUCUGUUUUGGAAAUCUCUUUCUUGAGGUUCGUGCUACUCCCGGUCAUACUAUGGGCUGUGUUACAUAUGUCACAGGGUAUGGACCUGAUCAGCCCCAGCCAAGGAUGGCUUUCACAGGAGAUGCCCUAUUGAUAAGGGGAUGUGGGAGGACAGAUUUUCAGGGUGGAAGUUCACAGCAACUCUACAAGUCAGUGCAUUCGCAGAUUUUUACAUUGCCCAAGGAGACAUUGCUAUAUCCAGCUCAUGAUUACAAAGGAUUAACAGUAACCACAGUUGGAGAAGAGAUGCUAUACAAUCCUCGCUUAACAAAAGACGAGGAGACAUUCAAAAGCAUCAUGGACAAUCUUAACUUGCCAUAUCCUAAGAUGAUUGAUGUAGCAGUGCCAGCAAAUAUGGUUUGUGGAUUGCAAGAUUUGGAUUCCAAAGCCAGUUGAGGUUUUUGCUGAACUAUCUACACGUGCACAGAUUUGAUUUGUGCUACAAUUUCGGGCCUUGACAUCAUUGGAUAUGCCAAAUAAAUGCCUGGAGAUGCUACUUGAUUGUAAAGAACAAAUAAACAAUCAAAUAAAAGAACAGUGUCAUCUCCCUGUGUUUCAAUCGUGUUGAAACCAUAUUAAGUUACUGGUUUUCUCAGCUUACUUGUUUAAGAGACAGUUGCAUACUCAAGCUAAGUUUUUAAUGUUGUUUUUCCACUUUUUGAUGUAAAAUAUGAGGUUGUUUUAAACUCUAAUACAGUUUGAUCUCUUGACUCCGAUCUAGAGUACUGAAAAUAAUAAUUUUUUUUUCAUUACCCUUAAUGCAAAAAAUCUGCUACAUUCCCCAAAGACAUGAAAUAAUGGUAUCUUC